AUGCAACAUCAGUCAGCGAGCGGGAGCUUCAAAGAAGAAUUGACCAAGACAGACACAGUCCAUCAUGAUGUGAGAUAUGCAAUAUCCGGUGCUAAACCUUCAUCCUCCUCUAUAUCUACUGAUGAGGAGUCCUUGAUCGAAACUAAUAGACUAGAUAAAAACACAGAGGAAAGGACGAAGUUAAAUACAUAUCAAGUGAUUAGACUCUAUUGGACCUAUCUUCGGCCCAUGGUGCUAAUGCUAGUCAUCAAUGCUGGCAUACCGUUAGCUCUCUAUUAUAUACUGAAAAUAUGGCUUAGUCCUUUGGUGGCCCUGAUCAUUUCUGGCAUACCUCCAUUAUUGCAUGUGUUUUACGUAUUCUGGAAGAAACGACGUGUCGAUGUGUUGGGCUGCAUCUUUGUUGCAGGAUUUAUCAUUUCAGCAGUGCUAUCAGCUAUUAGUGGUGAUGCACGUUUGACCUUGCUACGUGAUUCUACAAUCACUGCUGUCGUCGGCGCGUUGUUCUUGCUGACACUGGUCCCAAUUCGCACAAAAUGGUUCACUGUUCGUCCUAUUGUCUUCUUAUUCACUCAACAAUUGAUGAUUGAGCAGCCUCCUGUAGAAUGGAAAGACAAGGAGGGAAAUGACAGAUCAAUGAAGAGAUCAGAAUGGAUAUGGUACAACAGCGCAUUUUACCGCAAGUUUUGCUACAUCAUUUGCGGUGCCUGGGGUGUUCUUCUCAUGGCUGAAUUUGUUGCCAAGGUCAUCAUGAUCAAGAGCACAUUGACGCUCGAUCAGAUUGUUCUGUACAGUAAUAUCAUGGUAAUUGUUGUCGUAGUGGGCAUGACAACUGCAACGCUGGUAUUCUCCAGCUACCUGGGCAAGCGGAUCAUAAAGGACAGCGAAGCUUGGGCCAAGGACAACACUUUUGAUGGAAAAGUCCCUAAAUAA